CUCGGCGGGCCACACGGCCGCCUUCUACAUGCAGCACCCCGAGCAGGCGCCCGCCAGGCCCAGCCACAGCGCCGCCAACGACGCCUCGCAGGCGCGCAAGCUCACCACCGGCAAGGAAGGUUUCGUGGUGACGCGGGCCAAUAUCCGCAUCUGGAUCCACGACCGCGACAUGGGCCGCCUGCAGCAGAUGCUGUGGGAGGGCCACGGCGACAAGCUGCGGGUCGAGACCAGCAACAACCCGCGCGUGCGCCGGCUGCUCGUCGGCGUGCCCUACAUCAUGGGUACCAUCCGGGACGUGCACAUGGGCGCCGUGACAAACGACCUGGCCCUCUUCCAGAUGCGCAGCGCCGACCCGGUGCCCGUGCAAAUCCUCGCCAGCAAGGACCAGAACGGCCUCACGCCGCUGCACAAGGCGGCGGGCCUGGGCCACGAGAGCAUCGUGGACGACGUGCUGGAGAGGCUGCCCACGGCGGUCAGCAGCGCCGACCACGAGGGCCGGCAGCCGCUGCACUAUGCGGCCGCGCUGCGCGACGGCGGCGCCAUGUACGGUCGACUCGUCGCAGCCGGCGCCGACGAGCAGGCGCUCGACAACCGCGGCCGCCCCGCUGCCUGGUACCGGGCCCACCCCGGCGAGCUGGACGCCAAGCUGCUGUCUGUCAUUCCGGAGGCUCCGAGGACGGCGUCCGUGGUGCCGCCCGGCUGGGACUGGCGCAUCGCGGGGGGCGGCGCGGGGGCGGCGGCGGGGGUGGCGGCGGCGGUCGCCGCCUCAGAGGCGCCCACCGCACCCGCCUCGCAGGUCACCACACCCGUCUCGCCCAAGGUACGGCCGCACAGCUUCCCCACCGUUUCUGAUAAUCCUGGGACAUUUCUAGCAAUUUCGUUGUAA